AUGUUACGUAUUGAAUUAAUCGAAAAAUCAGGGUAUUUAGGAGAACAGCACAAUGUCACAACUGAAGAUGGAUAUAUUUUAACUGUGUUUCGAAUACUAAAGAGUCACUCAGAGUUCUCAAAUAAAAGUGUUGAUAAACCAGCUGUUUUCUUGCUAGGUGGUUUACCAACUAAUUCCGAUCUCUGGUUAUGCCUAGGACCACAAAGAAGUCUAGCUAUGCAACUUGCUGAUGAAGGAUACGACGUUUGGCUAGGAAAUUAUCGUGGCACAAAUUAUGGACGUAGUCAUAUUAAAUUGUCUCCAAAUGACAAAAAAUUUUGGGACUUUAGCUUUCAUGAACAUGGAUAUUAUGAUGUUCCUGCAAGUGUUGAUUUUAUUCUCAAUAUUACAAAUCAAAAUUCAUUGAUAUAUAUUGGUUUGUCGAUGGGGGCAACAACUAUAUUUAUCACAUUAUCGGAACGUCCAGAAUAUAAUUCAAAAAUUCAACUAAAAAUGUUUGAUCCAACCGGUCGUUUUGAGAUUAUGCCGCCAAAUUCAAAUUACGGUUUACUUGCCGAAGAAAUAUGUGUAAAGCAGGAUUUACUUGAUCUGUGUAUGAUUCCAUUAGAUAUUAUGUUUGGCAAGGAUCACGAACAAAUAGAUACUGUAUGGAAAAAAGUUAUAUACUAA